CACACAAUGCAGAUCACGUCUUCAGUGUCUUUGCUGACUUUCUCUCUGCUGAGAUCAGAACAGUUCAUAAGUGUAAGAGAGUCAGAGUGAGGAGCUUCUGGACCUUCUGGACCUUCAGGUAUCCGCUGUGUUUGAAGAGUGAUGCUGCCAUGUUUUCCCAGAGCUCAGCAAAUAUUACAGCAGCACUGAUCCUCAUUUUACUGGCAGUCCUGCAGGUGAAGGUGGAUUGUAAACCUGCAGAACAGACAGUGGUGAAACAGACCUGUAGCUCCACCUGCAGCCCCAGUGGAUACUGUUACUACAGCUGGUCCAAGAAUGGACAAUAUGUAGGAUGUUCAUAUAGAGCCUUAGUUUGGUUCAUCUCCACCAGUUCAUCUGAUCAGGACACAUACUAUUGUUGGGUCCGGAACAGCGCCCUCCCUCAGAAAAAAUGUGAAUUGGAGUGGGGUGUGAUCUACACUGCUGAACAUGUCUGUGCUGUGAAAGGAUCAUCAGUUGAUCUCUCCUGCUCUUAUAUAUAUCCUGAAGGACUCACAGUGACUAAAUCAUUCUGGUUCAUUGAAAGUCUCAGGAAGACUAAUGUUGAGCCUGAGGAUGUGCGAGAGUCUGAUCAGUAUAAGGGGAGAGUGCAGUACAGCCGGACCCUGAACUACUGUAGAAUGACCAUCACUGACCUGAGAGAGAGUGACGCUCACACCUACAGAUUCAGAUUCUACACUGAUGAUCCUAAGGGCAGAUACACCGGCUCACCUGGAGUCACUCUGUCUGUCACAGAUCUGAAGGUUACAGUGUCAGAUACAGAUGGAGGAGUAAAGAAGCUGACCUGUAGCUCCACCUGCACUCUGCCCAACCCCACCUACAUCUGGUACAAGAACAGACAGCCUGUAUUGAACCAGAACAGAAAUGAACUGAAUCUGAGAGACAGAACUGUGGAUGCAGGCAGCUACUCCUGCGCUGUGAAAGGAUACGAGGAGCUCCGCUCUCCUGCUGUCUGUGUUUUUGAUAAAGUCCUGCAGGUGAAAGUGGAAGGUCCUGCAGCCACAGUGUCAGAGGGACAGAGAGUAGCACUGACCUGUAUCUCCACCUGCACUCUGCCCAACCCCACUUACAUCUGGUACAAGAACAGACAGCCUGUAUCUCAGUGUGAAUCUGCCUCCUGCUCUGUAGCUGUGGUCAGUGAAGCGGUCAGCUACAGCUGUGCUGUUAAAAGCAGUGAUCUCCACUCUCCUCCAGUGUACUCCCCUAAGAACACCAGAGUGGUCAUUCUUCCCUCUGGACAGAGAGUGGAGGGAGACUCAGUGACUCUGACCUGCAGCAGUGAUGCAAACCCUCCUGUUCUCUCCUACUACUGGUUUAAUCAGAGCUCAGACGUAGAGCUGGGAACAGGACAGAGUUACAGCAUCACCAGCAUCAGCUCCCAGCACAGCGGACUCUACUACUGCACCGCUCACAACCAGCUCGGACAGAGCCGCUCAGGACCCUCCCGUCUGGAUGUGUUAUACUCUCCCAGACCUCCAUCUGUAUCUGAGAUUGAGUUUGAUGGCUCAGUCAGGCUGGUCUGUGUCAGUGACUCCAACCCUGCCAGCUCUUACACCUGGUUCAGGAAGAUAGGAGGAGACAUCUCACAGUUUGGAGAAGGAGACAAUUUAACUUUAGUUGCAGGAACAGAUGGAGUUUUCUACUGUAUGGCAGAGAAUCGAUUAGGAUCAUCCAACUCAUCAGAAUGGACUUUUACAUCAGAUAACAGGACUUCAGUAUAUGCAGCUUCUGGAGUCGCCGUGGUUUUACUUCUGAUAUUUAUUGCAGUCUUUUUGUGGAUGAGGAGACGAGCAGCAGUGACCAGCAGAGAGAGAGAGGAGAGCAGUGGAGAGGGAGCUUCUGCUCCCGUGUACGAUGAGGUCUCCACCCUGGCUGUGACCUCUGACCCCUCAAGAGCUGCAUCCUCAGAUGAUCAGGAUGAUGUUCAGUACUCCACUGUUCAUUUCUCACUCUCUCAGGCGAAGGACGUUCCUCUCUACUCCGCUGUCCAACAGUCAAACUCUCUGCCUGAAGAAGAGGAAGUGCAGUACGCUGCAGUGAACACUGCUAAACCAAGAACUGCUCGGAAUGACGAAACUCUGAUCUACAGCACAGUCCCGAAGAACGUGAGAAGAUGAAAGCUCCCACCUCUCCAGCAGACGCACUGAUAGCGGUCAACAAU